UCCAAUUCUUCUUUAGUCUUUAUAUCUAGACUGCAUAGGCGUCCUUUGCCUACAGUAUAGGUGUCGUCGUAUGAUAAUGGUUAAACCUUUAUUCCAUGAAGAUAACUUGAUAGGAAUUAUCUUUUCUUCUACAAGUUGAGAGCUGGUAUCUUUUCUUCCAUUCAGCACCGCCACCGCAACCCAAAAUGCAUGAUAGGUAAGAUAAUUAUCCAUACUUACCUAUACAUUAUAGUUUUAGACUACAUCACCUCUCUAUCUCCCAUUCAUUCCCAAAGAGAAGAGAAAAGGACCAUUUUUCUGACUAAACAACGAAUUACAGAGGGCAAAAUGUUUUUCCAAGUAACGGCGUUGCCGGUGCCCUGAGCCGAUACGAGCCACAUGAAAUGAAAAAAGGUUCAAUCUCGUAGCCAUGUGGCAAGAUGGGGAGCGGCUACAUCUUAGCACAUUCGGAAUGCCAAAUAUGCUGAUAAUUUCGUUAAAUCCCUCUUUAUUUUCUCCUUAUAAAUUUUGACUCGCUCUGCUUAGCUCUCCGCCGGAAAACGACUCCUAACUUACAGACGUCAAGUUUCAUCCGGUAUACGUUAUCCCUUACCAUCGGCUCCACGCGAAAAGGCUCAUAGCUAUGCCGUGAUUCCACUGGUUAACGUGCGCUAAGAAUGAUGCAUUCCGCCCCUUUGCCAUAAAACGGUCGUCUGAUCUGCUCUCCGAGUAUAUCUGGUACUCUCUCUCUCUCUCGUUCUGGGUAGAGCCCCGUCUCGGUUUGAGUAGUGCUUCAAAGCCUCAAGCUCGUUGUAAGAUUGGUAAUCUUUCUAGAGAUAAAGGUGUAAAUGUUUUCAACAAUGCGGUUGCUGUGGGAGGUUGUAGUGAUGAUGCUCUUAGCUCUGUUCUCAAAGGCCAUUGGAACAAGACCUUACUCCAGGACAAGCGAUCCAUUCGAUAGCACGGGUUAUUGCUUGAGUUGGAGAGUGGCAGUUGAAGCAAACAAUUUGCGUGCAUGGCGCACAGUCCCAUUCCAGUGCCUACGCUACGUCGAAAAUUACAUGGUGAGUGGCCAGUAUGAGCGUGACCUGGGAAUGGUUAUAGAGCAGAUCUAUAGCUACAUCGAUGAUAUCGUUUUGUUUAAUGAUGGCAUGGAUGCUUGGAUUCUGGACGUGGACGAUACGUGUAUCUCCAAUCUCUGGUACUACAAAGGAAAGCGAUUUGGGUGCGAUCCAUACGAUCCAAUAGGGUUCAAAUUCUGGGCACUGAGAGGGGUCUCUCCAGCAAUUCCCGCCGUCCUUGAUUUGUUCACCAAGUUGGUGGAAAAUGGUUUUAAGGUCUUCCUUGUUACGGGAAGAGAUGAAGAGACGCUUGGGCAGGCUACACUGGAGAAUUUGCACAACCAGGGAUACCUUGGCUAUGAACGGUUGAUUCUGAGAAAUCAGGUUUACAAGGGGCAAAGCGCGGUGGUAUUCAAAUCAGAAAUUCGUAAACAAUUGGUGGAGGAAGGUUACAGAAUAUGGGGGAAUGUGGGAGACCAAUGGAGCGAUCUCUUGGGAGAUUGUUUGGGCCAGCGUACAUUUAAGCUCCCUAAUCCCAUGUAUUUUGUCCCUUGAGUCUCUCAAGGGGUUACACCAACGUGGACACAUAAACUAAAUGAAUUACUGAAAUUACUGCUAAAAGAAAAUGUUUGCUGCAUUGUUGUUCGAAAUUUUCAA